AGCGCAUCUGCGCUCCGUUUUUGUGUGUGUGCAAUUGUGCUGACAACCAGGCGCUGAAUUCCUGCGUCACACAGAAGAGUUGCACGAGUUGGGCUGACUCGCACCAUCCGGCACCAUGGGUCGCAAGCGCCGGCGGCGGGAGGCCGACGAUGCCAACGAUGACCACACGCCAUCGAAGAAGCAUGGGUUGGGCCGGCGGAGGGUCUUCUUCAGUGACGGCGUGACACUCAUGCUCAACACAUGGAUGGCAUCACAUGUUGCAAACCCAUAUCCAUCCCGGGCAGAAAUGGAGGAGAUGGCCGAAGCUGCCGGCCUCACCUUUAUCCAGGUCCGCCAGUGGUUCAUCAACAGAAGGCGGCGCCUCCCGCCGACAGUUGUCCAACGUGCCCUCGCCAUCCAGGAGACCAUCACUCGUCUGGAGCGUAAGCGCAGUGGCGAUGCACAUGCCAGCAGCAGCACACGGCGCCGGCAGGAUCGACUGGCAUUGAGCCCAUCGACAUCAUCACACCCCACGGAGGUUGUGCCUCCCCCUGGGCACGGCAUGGGUCAAUCUGUUAUCCCAAACGGCUUACAGAGCCUUGCUGACCUACCAUCAGUUCCACCCAUAGAGGUGAGAACACGAAAGGGAGCCAGUUCCGGCCUUCAGGCUGCCCACGAUGGGUGGAGAGACCAGUGUCAGGGGCCCCGUGGUUCGGGUUUUGUUCCCAGAACAGAAUUUUCUCCGCUCGCCUCGGCCGCCCUCUUCCCUCUGCCUUGUCUGCCAAGGCCUUGGACAUACACCGCCUGGCCCAGCUCCGUCAGGCUCAGGCAUUUGCCACAUCGGCCAUGAGUACGCCACCCUCUGCAAUGCCAUUGCCCUCCUCCGGCAUGACUGACGCGUGGCGCGCGUGGCUCUGGUCACAGCAGCUGGCUCAGUCCCGGACAGCCGCCGCCGCCGCCGCCGCUGCUGCUGCUGCUGUGCAGGCCCACCAGCUGCCGAACCUGGCUCUCAUUCGCCAACUACAGAGUGCGCAUCAGAACAUGGUACCGCACGGCAUGCCAGCACUUCCCAUGCCCGUGACCGCCGGGAUGGCCCACGCUCUCGCCAUGGGCGCUCUUGCCAACGGUGCGGCGACGCCGAGCAAUGGGAUAAGCUCCAUCGCCACAACGCCCCUCCCAAGCCAUCCUUUGCCCAUUGUGCAGCCUGUUGCCACUGCCUCUCCGGGUGUCAUCGCUCCCAUCCCCAUCGUGUCGGCCACUGCUGCCACUGCCUUGGCGGAGCCGGAAGCUAGCUCUGAAGAGAGCCAGCUCAGCCGCGGACAAGUGCCAAUGUCCUCGCCAUAGCAACUGUCCUUGCCGCCACCUCACUGACGGUCCCUUAAAUGUGGAGCACUCCUUGGGGCAGGAGGGUAAAGACAUGUUGCCCG